AUGCAGCCCCCUCCCUCGGCAGAAGGCGAGCGAAUCGACCCCGAAACCCUUCUCAAGCUGCUGUGGAAGGUCGCGCAAGAUACGCCUGAGGAAUACAAGAUCAAGAUCAAGCUGACGGAGGUUGUCAAGGAGAAGAAGGCGGGCGCGGACGCGAACAGCAAGGGGAUCGCCCUACCCGAGUCAAAGUCAGAUGGCGACCCGCUUGUCGCGUUUGAGCUCGACGUCACCGCCGAGGAGUUCUUGAAGAACUACGCGCACCUGAAACGACCGCUCGACAUCGAAGUGUCGGGAGAUUGGAAGGUCGUCUCAUCGGACGGCAUCAUCCUCGCCCUCCACUUGACAAACAUCCUAGGCUUCUUGCUGAACGACUCGUCGAAGGGUUUGGAGGAGGCAGAGAGGAUGGGGGCUUGGAUUGAACGGGAGAUUCUCGCUAACGGCGGUGCUCCUCGAGCCGCGACCAAGAGCCGGCACGCGUCGUACCUUCGCAAGCCCGACCCGCGCAAAGGCGCAACCCACCUCUUCGCCUGGGCGCCCGCGGGUCACGAAGAGCCCGCCCAGAUCCGAGCCUCGAAAGACAUGAGCGCCGAGUACGUCUCGCGCUUGGGCGAGAACAUCUCCAUCGCCAUCGAGGCAGUGAUCAAGACGCUCUCCAUCAUCGAAAAUGCCGCCUACCAGGUGCUAGUCAAGAACUGGAACGAGAAGCUCGCCGGAUCCUCGUUCGCGGUCAAGAUGAACAACCCAUUCUGGCGCCACCAAGGCCUCGUCAUCGUCCACAACCUGCCCGCCGACCCUCACAUCGACAUCCUCGACUCGAAGAUCGUCAUGACCGCCAUGCUCCCCACAGGCGACUUCGAGGGCGGCCAGCUCACCCUCGAAUCGAUUGGCAUCAAGUCUGAAUACCGGCCUGGGGACGUUGUCUUUGUAAGAAGCUGGCUGGUGAAGCACGCGGUACUGGCUAUCUCGGAUGGCGAUACUCGCCACAGUCUCGUCUUCGUCUUGCAGGACAAGCUCGCAACGAAGGGCGGCUUCGAGGCGGAUUGGCAGGGCCUUGCGACUGGCGAAGCCGCCUUCGGCUCGAGUACGAACGAGGAGGAGGCACGGCGUAAAGGCGAUGCCGAGGCGCUGAAGGUCCGGCGCGAACGGGAGAUGGAGCAGGAGAUGGCGGAGGCUGGCAGGCGCGGAAAGGGGAAGGGGCACGCGUCAGCGGACGACGUUGCCCGUUGGGAGGAGGAACGGCGGCCGGUUCCGGAGCGUGAGGAGGACAACGGACGGAUGUGGGUGGACUCGCCCUUCUAA